ACAACACAACACCCGGCAUAUAAAGCAGCAGCAGCUCCCCUGACCUCCACUACCUAUGAGUGACCCCUCUUAUCCACCAUCUCAUCUACUCAUAGUCUCAUACACAUCCGUCCUUCCUCCCUCUUUGUUGAUUUCUCUCGCGCUUAAUCAAGCGAGAUAACCUUCCACUAGCUAAUCAUCUUCACACCCACAUCGACUAGUGCGAGUGAUCCUACAAACUUGCUUGAUCUACGCUACGCACGCGCGCAGAGAUUAGAGGAUGAGAGCUGGGGGCUGCACGGUGCAGCAGGCGCUGACGCCGGAGGCAGCGGCGGUGGUGAAGCAGGCGGUGAGCCUGGCCCGGCGGCGGGGGAACGCGCAGGUGACGCCGCUGCACGUGGCGAGCGCCAUGCUGCAGCAGCAGGCGGCCGCGCCGCCGACGUCGGGACUCCUGCGGGCCGCGUGCCUCCGGUCUCACUCGCACCCGCUGCAGUGCAAGGCCCUGGAGCUCUGCUUCAACGUCGCGCUCAACCGCCUCCCGGCGUCCGCCUCGCCACUCCUUGGCGCGCACGGACAUGUCUACUACCCGCCGUCCCUUUCCAACGCGCUCGUCGCCGCCUUCAAGCGAGCGCAGGCGCACCAGCGCCGGGGCUCCGUCGACACGCAGCAGCAGCCCGUGCUCGCCGUCAAGAUCGAGCUCGAGCAGCUCGUCAUCUCCAUCCUCGACGACCCCAGCGUCAGCCGCGUCAUGCGCGAGGCCGGCUUCUGCAGCACACAGAUCAAGGCCAACGUCGAGAAGGCCGUCUCUUCAAUUGAAGGAAACAACUCUGCUUGUACCACCGCACUCCCAAACCCUAACCCUAGUGCAGCUCCAUCUGAAGAAACCAAGCCUAGUAAGCUACUACCUCUCGAGCAAGUCCGCGACGAGGACGUCGCGGCCAUCCUGGAUGGCCUGGCCACCCGAAGGAAGAGGCGUGUCAUGGUCGUCGCCGAGUGCGCGGCCGCGGCCGAGGCAGCAACGCGAGCAGCGGUAGACAAGAUCAAGCGUGGCGAGGCCCUGCGCACCGCGCAGGUGGUUAGCCUCAGCGUGUCCAGGUUCCGGGACCUGCCGAGGGACGAGGCAGAGCGGCAGCUCGCGGAGCUCCGGUGCGCGGUCAAGGCCGCCGGCGUCAGGGCGGUCGGCGUGGUGCUCGUGGUGGAGGACCUCGGAUGGGCAGCUGAAUUCUGGGCGGGGCGCGCCGAGGCGGGGAGGGGGAGGUGGCCGUCGAGCUGCUGCUACUACUGCGCCGUGGAGCACGCCGUCACGGAGGUGCGCGCCCUGGCUUGCCUCGACGGCGAUGGCGUCGGCGUCUGGCUCAUCGGCCACGGCACGUACCAGAGCUACAUGAGGUGCAGAGCCGGGCACCCAUCGUUGGAGAUCCUCUGGGAGCUCCAGACGCUCGCCGUCCCCACCGGCAGCCUUGCACUGAGCCUCAGCUGCGUCGACGCGAGUGCAAUGUCAGUCGAUCACCAGUCGAUCAGGGCAAAGUGCGAAGGAAGUGGGAACGGGUCGCGUUGCAUGUCGCUUUUGGAUGCCGGUGGCUCCGGCCAACUGACGGCCGUUUCCAGCUGCUGCGGCAAAUGCUCUGCAAUAAAGUGCGUGGCCAAGGCGUUGCCACGCUCAGUCGCGCCGUCGUCCAGCAUUCCUCCUUGGCUUCAGCAUUGCCGUGAUCAGAAAUGGAGCUCAACAUGCGGCGGCUCGCCGUCUCAUCCCCGGACGACUCUGAACUUCUCUACGGUGGCGUCGCCGUCCUCCUCCGUCUCCUCUUACGAGCAGCACUACCACCUGCGCCAGCCAUGGCUUGUCGCUGACGCCCAUGAGGCGAAGCACCCAUGGAAAUCCAGGUGCGGCGGCCAGGUCCACGUCCUCGACGACGAGGACGUCAAGGUUAUAAGCGCGAUAAAGGUCAACUCCCACGACUCGAGCGCGUCCAACGGCUCCGUGAAGGUGGAGUGCCGCUCCCGGUUCAAGGAGCUCAGCGCCGAGAACCUCAAGGUCCUCUGCUCCGCGCUGGAGAAGGAGGUGCCGUGGCAGGCGGAGAUUAUUCCCGAGAUCGCGAGCACGGUCCUAAGGUGCCGGUCGGGCAUGGCGAAGAGGCGCGACGCCGACGCCUCGAGGACGGUGAGCGCGAAGGAGGACACGUGGCUAUUCUUCCAAGGAGGCGACGCCGAUGGCAAGGUGAGGGUGGCCAGGGAGCUGGCCAGCCUCGUCUUCGGCUCGCGCAAGAGCUUCGUAUCCAUCGGCGCCACCGCGGCGUCGCCCGCGCGGUCGGACUCCACCAAGCAGCAGCACCGGAACAAGCGGCCAAGGUCAACGGAGGCGAACAACGACAGCUGCCUCGAGAGGCUCUACCAGGCCGUUCGCGACAACCCGCACCGCGUCAUCCUGGUGGAGGACGUCGAGCAGGCCAGGCGGUGCCAUAUGGGGGUUCUGGAGGCCAUAGAGAACGGGGUGGUCCGGAGCCAUGGCGGCGACGAGGCUGCCCUCGGAGACGCCAUAAUCGUCCUGAGCUGCGAGAGCUUCGACUCGAGGUCGAGAAACUCCUCGCCGCCGACGACCAAGAAGGCGAAGACGGAAUGCGAGGAGGAACCCAAAGGGGAAGAGGGCACAGGCGAUCACCACAACAAGGAAGCCAUCACCGCAGCCACGUCGUCGCCAUCACCUUGCUUUGAUCUGAACAUGAGCGUGGACAACGACGAGGUGGGGGAGAGUUGCUUCACAGAUGCUGGCCUGCUCAAGGCAGUGGACCGUGCGUUCUUCUUCAGACGACCCGAUCAAAGUAGUGAUUAGUUAGCUAGUGAUCAACCAUAUUAGUGUGAAAUGACUGAUGCUUGACUGUUAUUUCUCUCUUUGUUCUUCUCUGUAAUGUUUGUUAGUUUUUCCUCUUUCCUUUUCACUUGGGAAAGAUAAUAUAUUGUACGUGUUGGAAGAAUGGAGUUCUAGCAUCCU